CGUGCUCCCCAGCCUUCUCCUGCUCCUCGUGGGGUCUUGGCCAAACUUGGCUGUGUGGGUUUUUUUUAUUGCGCUCUCGCUCUGUGUCUGCGAAGCGGAUGCUGCUUUCCAGCCUGCUCUCUCCCCGCCCCACUACCCCACUCCUGGCAGGGCGCCAAGUGCAGGCGCAGCGCGUUGUGCAUCUUAACGACUCCCCCCUGGUGACCGCACCUUCCAGUGCACACAUCAGCGGUAGGCGGAGAGGGGAGGCAGAGAGGGGGCUCGUAUCGCCACCCACCGCCACAUACCUCCAAGGGGGAGACAAAAAUGGCAGCGAGAUGCAGGAUCUGCCCAAGCCCAGGCGGCGGGUGACCGCCAUGCGGGCGGCUCCGGGCCAUUGACGGGCUCUGCGUUCUUGCUGCCUCCCACCCUCAGCCCCUCUUCCUCGGCGCGCGCAGAGCGGCGGCCCCGGGCUGGCGGGGAAGCGGCAGCGCACGCGAGCUGCUUUUUUUUUUUUUUUUUUUUUUUUUUUUUACAAGUUGCUGAUCUUUUCCACCAAAUUUUCUUGCCUGUUGGAAUUUCUCUGUGACCCUGGGGAAUAUAUUGCAGAGGUGCCUGCCAUUCAGUCCUGUGUUCUGCACCCAUCAGCAGUUUCUUUUUUGAACAACAAACGGAGAGAACUGCUCGUAUUGCUGCUGCUGCUGCUGCUCCAGCUGCGUGUGUGUGUGUGUAAAAAGGAUGGUGUAUCUGUAGCUGCCACGCACAAACACACAUUUGACCAUGAGGACUCUUCGCAGGUUGAAGUUCAUGAGUUCGCCCAGCCUCAGUGAUCUGGGCAAGAGAGAGCAGGCAGCCUUGGAUGAGCGGGGGACCCAGCAGCGACGGGCCUGCUCCAACGCUACCUGGAACAGUAUCCAUAAUGGAGUAAUAGCAGUGUUCCAACGUAAAGGGCUCCCAGAUCAUGAACUUUACAACCUCAACGAAGGAGUUAGGCAACUUCUGAAAACUGAGCUGGGAUCCUUUUUUACUGAAUAUCUACAGAAUCAGCUGCUUACAAAAGGCAUGGUAAUACUGAGGGACAAGAUCCGGUUUUAUGAAGGACAGAAGCUGUUGGAUACCUUAGCUGAAACCUGGGAUUUCUUUUUCAGUGACGUCCUGCCCAUGCUUCAGGCUAUUUUCUAUCCUGUGCAGGGGAAGGAGCCCUCGGUUCGUCAGCUGGCUCUCCUGCACUUUCGGAAUAUUAUAACCCUCAAUAUUAAAUUAGAAGAUGCCCUGUCACGUUCCAGAGCCAGGGUUCCACCUUCAAUUAUUCAGAUGCUGCUGAUACUCCAGGGGGUUCAUGAAUCUAAAGGAGUGACUGAAGACUAUUUGAAACUGGAAUCCCUGAUACAGAAAGUGGUUUCUCCUUACUUGGGCACAUAUGGUCUGUAUUCCAGUGAUGGACCCUUCACACACUCCUCUUGUAUUUUGGAGAAGCGCUUCUUCCGACGUUCCAAAUCAGGUGACAUCCUUGCCAAGAACCCGGUGGUGAGAUCGAAAAGCUACAAUAACCCACUGCUGACCCCCGUAGCUGAGUACGAAACAGAGGGAAUUGCAGCCAAUGGAACUGGCAUCCGAAGGCACUCCGUUUCUGAAAUGACCUCCUGCAUGGAGCUACAAGGGUAUUCCAAUCUCACAACCAUCAUGGACAAUGGCUCUAAAAGCUCGGUGACAACCAUGAAGAACUCACUCCCAGGAGACCAGGAAAGACCCAGUGCCAGUUCAGUGCAAUGUUCCAGCAAACUCAGUGCAGUUGAGCAACAGCAAGGCCUCUUCCGUUCUAUGGACGAUCAAAACAGGGCUUUUGAGCUGGCCAGGGACCCUGCCUUGAUUCCAGUCCCUUCUUCCAGCCCCGAGAAUAUAGUGGACCAGAUUUUGGAGUCAAUUGACUCUGAUUCUGAAGGAAUAUUCAUAGAUUUUGGCAGAGGUUGUUCAAAUUCAUCAACAUACAACAUGGAUGUGAGCAGACAAAGCAUCGUGUGACUGACAGGAGACAAAUCCUUAGUUUUAUUGUUAUGUACAAGUAACUGGUAUGUCUGGCCACACAGCAGGGGAAAGGUACACAUACAGGGCCAAAACUUCAGCUGGUGUAAAUCAUCAGAGCAGUAUUUAAAAAAUAAAUAAAUUAAAUCAGUGGAGCUAUAUUGAUUUACACUAUCUGAAGUUAUGGCCCCCCAGUUUUUGUUUUUUUUAAACCAUUAGCCUAUUUUCUUCCCAUUGUUCUGCAGUAAGAUCUCUUACUGUCUUUGUAAGAUUGUGGAUUGUUUGUGGUUUUUUUCUAAAUCAGAAAGUGUCUAAUAGAAAGCUGUUAGUUCAGCUGGAUAUGUGCAUUUAAUGGCAUAAUCCGUUGUACGCCUGCAGUCAGCUUUUAUUUUUAGUUGUCUUGAAAGAUCCCCGUAAAGAUGCAGAUUGCUCUUUAAACAAUAUGAUCUUGGCUGGGGGGGAAGACUUAAAAAAAAAAGAUGGUCAUAAAUUGUAGCAGGAUACAAUGAUUUAUAGUGAGUCUUUUAUUGGUGUGUUGUGUAUGCACUCCUCUCACCUCAAUAAGUCAGGGUUAUUAAGAAAAACAGUAAAAUAAACAAUGUGCUACAUAAUGCGAUGCAGUGCCUGGCAUCUAAUGUUGUGUUUUACAGCCAAUCCAGUGUCUAGUUGGGAGAGAUGGCCUAAAACUGGCUUUUAGGACUAUGUUAAUUUGCUUUUAAUGUGCCACUUCCAAGAAUUUUGUGUAAAUUCUUAAAGAAUUUUCCAAUCUAGCACAAUGCAAGUUACUUGUUUCCUGUGUAAAUAAAGUUAUGGGCUUUCAGUA